AUGUUCGAACAAUUAAAUCUAUAUUAUGUAAGAUCAGCUUGGCCAUCAUCAAAUUCUUCGAAUAUUCAACUCUUAGGACUUUUCGAUCGUUUAUCAAAUAGAUCUGAAUCUAGUGAAUUCUCUGUUCAAAGUCGAGCUAUGUUUAAAUCAGCUGUAUUACUUUCUCAACAAUAUAAUAUGAAAAUUGAAGGACAAUCCAUAGAAUGGCAAUCAGCAGAAACAAAUGGUAAUAUAAUCGAUGCACUUAGUAAAACAUGUCA